AUGUCGUUAAUUAAACUAUUGGUUGAAGAUCAACCGUAUAAACAAAUUAAAAAAACGUCAGUUGGGUAUAUAAGUAUUAGGUGUAUGCAAAAUAAUGAAAUUACAAUAGGUGAUAUAAUUUACAUAGUUCCAGUAAACAAUAAUAAUAAUAAUAAUAAUAAUAAUAAUAAUAAUAAUAAUAAUAAUAAAGAAAACAAUAAUAAUAAUAAUUCAGAAAUACCAUGGAAUUAUUUUAAUUGUAAUAAUAAAGAUAUAAAUAGUAGUGGUAGUAACUGUUCAAUAAUGACAGCAUGGCCAUUACAAAAACUAUCAACACAACAUAUUCAAUUAGAUUCAAUUCAAAGAGAGAAUUGUAAUGUUAAAAUUGGUGACUAUGUUUAUUUAUUUAAAACACCAUUUCAAUCUGUAAAUACCGUAUCAAACAAUCUUUUAAUUUCAAAUAUAUAUCCGAAAUUAGAUUGUAGAUAUUUAGAAAUUCAAUGUGAAACAAUAUCACAACAACAAUAUGUACAAUCACUUCAAUCAUUUGGUAUGCUUGAAACUUUAAUUUUAUCACAAAUCAUUGGUAGAUAUUUCAUUCCUCAAAAUUCCUUUACAAUUCAUCUAAGCAAUAAUAUUAUAAAAUUUAAAAUUUUAAAAUUAUCAAUUAAUAAAAUUGAAAAUAAUAGUAGUAAUAAUAAUAGCAAUAAUAAUGAUGAUUGUGAUAUAAAUAGUUUAGAUUUCAAUAAAUUAAGUUUAAAAGAAAAAAAAGAUAAUAUUGAUAAUGAAUUUAUUAAAUCAAUUUUUAGAAUUUGUGAAUCAACAAAAAUAAAAUUAAUUAAUUCAAAUUUACAAUCAACUUUAAUUUGUGAAUCCACAAUAAAUAGUAAUAAUAAUAAUAAUAAUAAUAGUAAUAAUAAAAUUGAUAAUAAUAAAAAUAUAAAUUUAAAUUUUCAAUCAAUUGGUGGUUUGGAUUUACAAGUUAAACAAAUUAGAGAAUUAAUUGAUCUAUCAUUUUAUAAAUUAGAUUUAUUAAAAUCAUUUGGAGUUAAACCACCAAAAGGUAUUUUAUUAUAUGGUCCACCAGGUACAGGUAAAACAUUAUUGGCAAGAAUUGUUGCAACUCAAACCAAUGCAACAUUAUUUACAAUCAAUGGUGCUGAUAUCCUUGACAAAUUCUAUGGUAUGACUGAAAAAACUUUACAAAAAAUAUUUAAAGAUGCUGCACAAAAAUCACCUUCAAUCAUUUUCAUUGAUGAAUUGGAUGCAUUAUGCCCAAAACGUGAAGAUAAUAGUUCAGAAGUUGAAAAACGUAUAGUUGGUAGUUUAUUAACAUUAAUGGAUGGUGUUGUAUCAACAAGUGAUCAAAAUGAUGGUGGUGGUGGUGAUAAUGGUAAUGGUAAUGGUAAUUGUGGUGGUGAUAAAGUUAUAGUAAUCGGUUGCACUAAUAGACCUGAUAGUAUUGAUUCAGCAUUAAGAAGACCUGGAAGAUUUGAUAAUGAAAUUGAAAUAUCAAUUCCAAAUCAACAAGGUAGAGAACAAAUUUUAAAUAUUUUCCUUUCAAAAAUUCCAAAUCAAUUAACAUCACAAGAGAUAGCAAUGAUUGCCUCAAAAACACAUGGUUUCGUUGGUGCUGAUAUUGAAUCGCUUUGUAAAGAAGCAUCAUUAAAAUGUUUUAAUCGUAUUAAAAAUGAAAAUCAAAAAUUAUUUCAAUCAAUUAAUAUUGAAAAAGAAGAAAAAGGAAAAGAAGAAAAACAAGAAGAAAAUCUUCAAAAUUUAUUAUCAUUAAUUAAAUUAUCAAUGAAUGAUAUGUUAUUGGCAUUGAAUCAAGUUAAACCAUCAUCAAUGAGAGAAGUUGUAGUUGAAAUACCUAAAGUAUUUUGGGGAGAUAUUGGUGGACAAGAGCAUAUUAAGCAAAAGUUAAAAGAAGCCAUUGAAUGGCCAUUAAAAUAUCCACAAUCAUUUAUUCGUAUGGGUAUCAAACCACCCAAAGGUAUUCUAUUAUAUGGUCCACCAGGUUGUAGUAAAACUUUAUUAGCCAAAGCUUUAGCAACUGAAUCUGGUUUAAAUUUCAUUGCAGUAAAAGGACCUGAACUUUUAAGUAAAUGGGUUGGUGAAUCUGAAAGAGCAGUACGUGAUAUCUUCAAAAAAGCACGCCAAAACUCACCAUCCAUUCUAUUUUUCGAUGAAAUCGAUGGCUUGGCCAUCAGUAGAAGUGGUGAAGGUAGUGGUGCCGUUGAACGUGUGGUAUCUCAACUUUUAACCGAAAUGGAUGGUAUCCAACCUUUGACAAAUGUAACUAUCAUUGGUGCCACCAAUAGACCUGAUAUCAUCGAUAAAGCUAUAUUACGUGCCGGUAGAAUAGAUAGAAUUCUCUAUAUUUCACCACCAGAUUUAGAUGCAAGAAAAGAAAUAUUCAAUAUUCAUUUAAAAAAGGUUCCUCACUCUUCAGACAUUGACAUUAAUCAACUUUCAAUUCUAACCGAUGGUUACAGUGGUGCUGAAGUAACUUCAAUUUGUCGUGAGGCAUCAAUUGCUGCAAUGAAAGAAGAUAUUAAUGCAAAAGAAAUUAAUAUGUCUCAUUUCAUCUCUGCAAUUGGUAAUGUUAAAAAAGGUAUCACCCAAGAAAUGUUAGAUUUUUACAAAGAUUAUCAGGAAAAUUCAAACUUACAAGUUUUGUAA